UCCCGCUGAAGCUCUGGCCAUGGCCGCACAACACCAGACCUUCGAACUUCGAACAAGAUAAUGUACGAAUAGAGAGAGAGAGAGAGAGAGAGAGAGAGAGAGAGUAUGUGUGUGGCAAAUGUGAAGAGCACUCAUAUAUAUAAUAUAUAAAUGUUAAAUUUUCUGAACAUAUUACAUUUUCUCUAAAACCUUCUUCCAGAAAUCACUUGCAGGGCAAAAAUGGAGUUUACGGCGACGGCACUGUCGGCAUUUUUGGUUUUUCACGUUUUCGUUGCACUGGCUGCACCGGACUGUAACUUUCCAGUGAUUUUCAACUUCGGUGACUCGAAUUCCGAUACUGGCGCCAUCUCCGCCGCUUUCGAGCCCAUUCGAUGGCCAUAUGGUGAUGUAUUCUUCAACAAGCCAUCCGGAAGAGAUAGUGAUGGUCGUCUGAUCAUUGAUUUCAUCGCCGAGAAGUUGAGAUUGCCGUAUUUGAGUGCUUAUCUGAAUUCGCUUGGUGCUAAUUUCCGGCACGGCGCCAAUUUCGCUACCGGGGGGUCGACUGUACGGAAGCCGAAUGAAACGAUUUAUGAGUAUGGAAUUAGUCCGUUUUUUCUUGAUAUGCAGGUUACACAGUUUGAACAAUUCAAAGCUCGCUCCAAUGAUCUCUACAAUCAAGCCAAGAACCCAUAUGACAGAGAGAAACUUACAAGGCCAGAGGAUUACUCCAAAGCACUCUACACUUUUGAUAUCGGGCAAAAUGAUUUAGCUGUUGGGUUUAGAAAGCUGAGCAUUGAUCAACUGCGUGCUGCUUUGCCUGACAUUGCUAACCAGUUUGCCUCUGCAAUUCAAAGAAUAUACAAGCUAGGAGGGAGAUCAUUUUGGAUACACAAUACAGGGCCAUUUGGUUGCCUCCCAGUGAACCAAUUUUACAAUCUGAACCCUCCCCCUGGCAUCCUUGAUGAGCAUGGUUGUAUCAAGGCUCAAAAUGAUAUUUCAAUGGAGUUAAAUAAUCAGCUCAAAGCAAAAUUGGACAAGCUUAGGGCAGAGCUCCCAGAUGCUGCCAUUACCUAUGUGGAUGUCUAUGCUGCCAAGUAUGCUCUAAUCAGCAAUGGCAAAACUCAAGGGUUUCCGGAACCUCUCAAAGUAUGUUGUGGGUACCAUGUGAGGUAUGACCAUGUGUGGUGUGGGACGAAAGCACCCAUAAAUGGAAGCUUGGUGUUUGGAGAUGCAUGUGAAAACAGAGCUCAAUAUGUGAGUUGGGAUGGAGUCCACUACUCUGAGGCCGCUAAUCACUUUGUUGCAAGUCACAUUCUCAGUGGUUCGUUAUCAAGCCCUCCUAUUCCAAUCACACAAGCAUGCCAUAGAAAUUAAAAUAAUUACUAUUAAUGGGUAGGCAAUAUUGAAGUUCUACUACUACAUUGAGCAUGUACUUUUGUAUUUGUAGUACUAAAUAAAAACUUGGAACUUUUGAGUUCUUGGUUUUUCUUCUUUUGAAGUAUUGCUUUAGAAGUGAAAAUUAAGUAUAUUGCUAUAUGGGAAGAGGAGUUAGUCUAUGUGGUAAAGUUGUUAAAAUAUUUAUAAAAUAUAAGAAAAAUCUGGAUUUUAUAA